AUGGUCUCCGAAGAACUCUUUGAAGCCUGUCUCCCGGUGCUGCGGGACUCCAGCCUAGAUGAGGAGGAACAGAUCGAGAAGGUCGAAGAGCUGCUGCGAGAAAAGGCCUCGCUAUCAGGCUCUGCCCUGGAGAACGCCGUUCUCGACAUCCUCUGGCGUAAACGCAACGAUGGCCAGCCUGACGCUUCCCCUCCUCCCAGUCGCCAUACGGUAAUCCGACGCUCGUCUCCAGCUCCAUGGCAGAUUGCCCGUUCAGCAACUCCGCUCUCCUCGCCCUCUCAGACGGGCACGAGUCCUGCAGGGCCCUCUGGCCUUCAUCACCCUCGCGCUGGGCUGCCACGCGCUCCCCUCUCCUCCACGGCCUCGCCGUUCACCUCGCCGCGCCCAUCGCCCCGCUUAGCCUUCGCGCAGCCGAUCCCACACUCUCCCAGUUUGAAUGCCUACGAGUUUUCUGAUCAGAGCCAGUCGUCCGAUUUCUACGGCGAUUUUGGCAGCGAAAGUAAUGUCGACUGGCUUGUCGGGGAUGACGCUACGAGUGUCACGUCCUCCGUGGGCGGGCUCAGCGCGUCGGCUCCCGAGUUCGUUCCUGAUAUGAGCCCGCAUGAUAUCCUCCGAUCGGUGUUAGGGGACCAGAAAUCCAACGAAGAGAUUGAUGCCGCUCUGGAAGCAAAUAGUUAUGACCUAGGAGCCACCAUUGCGGCGCUUUCGGAAAACAAGAACAAGAACAAUUCUGGCCAGAAAUCAGAAGAAGGCAAGAUUCUGGUGGGGAAGUCGAUAACGAUGGAGCAGAUUCGACCAGGGACUCCAGCGACCACUCGCAGCCCCGUGGUGUGCAAGUACUGGCUGUCGACCGGACAGUGUCUGCGGGCGGAUUGUCGUUUCAGCCACGACUUAACGUCACAUGUUUGCAACUGUCCGUUCUCACACGACCCAGCCUCCCUGAUCGGAAAUAUGAAUCUCAAUGAUGGCAACAACAAUCAGGGUUCCUCGAAUCAGCAACAGGGAUUCCAGUUGGAGAACAAUUACGAGGCAUUUCCAGCUCUGCAACCCACUUCGGGAAGCGGAGACCAGUGGAGCAGUCCGUACCUUCGCAAGUACCCGAACCAGGCUCUGAUUACGAACCCCGCUGUGGGCAAUCCACCUUUGGGAGUUGGGAGACGAAACGGGGGAAGCCGGCCGCAUUCUCGACCAACUAGCCGACACCAGCAGCGAGAAGCGAACCCCUCUCCGCUGUCCGUGGACGACCCAGAGGCCUUUCCCUCGCUCUCGGCCGCGAAAGGCUCCGGGAAGAAGCAUCAUGGCAAGCGAGGUGGUCAUAACAACAAGGAAAACGUCCCAAUUCGCUGGCCGAUGUGGUACGCAUGGCGCCUUCUCCCACCCCGGGUAAAGGCAAGUCGUCCAAGAAUGGGAAAGAAAAUGCCAAAACGCGAGAGCUCAGCGCUGCAGCCCAAGCGAUUCCGGCACCCAAACACAUCCCAUGGCUGGAAACUGGGCCCAGGGCCAAUCAGCAGUACAUCAAAUACCGGACAGACGCCAUCCGCCAUGGUACUGUCCGGAACAAGUUCUUGCAAAGAUCUGUCCAGUGCUGCGCAAGCUUGGAAUCGCAAUGACGCCCGAGCCGCAAAGGCCCUAUCCCUCCGUGGUCAAGCAGAGAACGAAGCAAUGCGAAAAUGCCACCGCGAAGCUGCGCGACACCUGUAUGAGGAACGGAAUAAGCAUCUUGCAAGCAAUGGGCUGGACGAAGCCACUGAGGAGUUGUACGUCGACCUGCAUGGUCUGCACCCCGAAGAGGCCGUUGAAUAUUUGGAGAAGAUUCUCCGCAAGCACUCCAAGGAGGAUCGGAUCCUGUACGCCAUCACGGGUACUGGCCAUCACUCCAAGAAUGGCAAGGACAAGGUGGGAAAGGCUGUGAAAGCCUGGCUGAAUGAGUGGAAAUAUGUCUUCCGGGAAUUCAGCGUGCCGGGUGAACGGGGUGGCUAUGUGGGUGGUGUCCUCGGGAUCGACCCGACGAGCUACGACAAGUCUAUGGCCAAGAAGCUGGCUCAAGAGGGGGAUGGAGAAGCAGCUGGCACCAGUAAUAACCAGCCUGCCUCCACGGGCAAGAUCCAGGUUCUCAAACGGGAAGACGUUGAAGCAGCGAAGGAGCAAUAA